AUGGGUGACACAGCGCAUUUGCGUGAUGCGUCUGCCGCGCUGUCACGUGCUGAACGCAGCAAUUGGGGAAUUGGUGAGAUCAAAAUACCGCAAUAUGUAGAGCCGCAUGGAAAUGUGCGCGAUGGCCGCUUCGAGUCGCCUUCCGCGUCUUCAUUCUUCUCUUUUUCUCUUCAACAUCACUUCGCCCUCACACAAAUCUCCAUCGUACCGCUUUCUUUCGACUCGACUGACCCAGGCUUAUUCGCUGGCUCAGUCGCUACUACCCUUCAUUUCCGUCAAGACCUUUUUAUGCAACCAGAGCCAACUGCCGUGUCUCAACAUACUCCCCCCGUUGACUCAUCCCCGAUCAGUACCAGUUCCACCCAGCAUGGACAUGACCUCGAUGACGCUCAAGUCUCUGGUUCCCUCAAGCGCGAGGGAACCAGAGCUCUUGCAGACGUCCCGAGCAUGUCGACACGAGAUGAAUCUAAUGCAUUCUUGAAUGGGGUCGAUGGUUGCCCGGCCCCGCCCUCGGCCGAUCGAGCGAGCAAGCAUAUAAGCGCCCAAACUUCUCCUAGGCACGCACCAAAUUCUGGGUUCCGCGUGGUGGAGUUUGAUGAGCAGCCACAAGUGUCUUUUGGGACCUUUCCAAAUGAGGUCCUUACCCACAUCCUAUCGCAUUUACCCCCACAAUCCUUAUCCGCCAUGACGCUAGUGUCGCGUCGAUUUCAUGCUCUUGUUACCACUCCUCAUGCAUGGAGAAUCGCGUUUUCCCGGUUCUUUCCUGGUCCUCAUGCCAUAGAGGAUGGUCGACGUAGCACUUCCAACGAGGCAGACCUGCAGUCGGAUAGAAGGUUCUUUGCAAGGCUGACGGCGCUUGCAUCCUGGCGGAGCGAGUACAUCUUGCGUACCCGUUUGAUGCGAUCGUUAGCACGGGGCAAACCGGCGCAGUUUGAGCCCUCCAAGAAGCAUGGAACAGUACGCGCGGCGAGUGUUCGUCAUGGUAGUGCGGUAGCUACCUACGCAUCACAGCUUCAAUUCCCUGUCAGCCACAUGCAUGCCUCCUUCGGUCCCGACAGGGGCCCUCUCUUUAUUCAUGGAGCUGCAGAGCAGGGAAUUGCAUCUGCCAGUGACCCAUCGACCGUGAAAGUCGGCACUUGGGGUAUUUCUGAUCACCAGAUGUUCCGUCACUUUGCCGAUCUGUUUCCUGGAGAAGCACAACACGGUCUUGGAUCGGGUGAUAUGGUCGGCAUGCCCAACUCGAUGGACGUCAGUCAGCCAUAUGGCAUGAUCUACGGCGAAGGAUGUCCCCAGGGGCGCAGCUACUUCAUCUCAAAGACAGAACAACGUGGUCGCUUCAUAGGAGCCUCGGAGUCGGGCUCUCACCCAUCGCUUGGCAUUCCGGCUGUGAACAUGGUCACACAUGCUAUCUGCUCGGUGUGGAUUGCGAAAUCAGCUCAUAUCCUCAAGAUGACUCAAGGGCUUGUAGGAAUGCUGUCCGGUUCAUCCUCAGGCGUCUUGACUGCCUAUGCUCUGGGUCCCCAUCCGACGUACGAAAGGAGAUAUGAGCCAGGUCAAGUAACUGCCAAAUGGGUUUUGUGCCCUGGUGUCCCUAUCAUUGGCAUUGCAGUGGAUGAUCAGUUCUCAUCUCAGCGCCAUUCAGGAAGACGCGUCUGGGCUGUUGCGCUCAAUGCCCUAGGGGAGAUCUUCUAUCUUACUGAACUUCCUCGGUUACCUGACAUCCCGCUUACCGCCAAACUCAACUCUGAACAACUUGACGAGCUGGCCUGGAAGACUGGUAGAAGUGUGCAUUGGGAAAUGGUCGAAAUCAGUAGACGUGUGGCACGUCCCGACCCUUUCAAUCGUGAAUUGGUCGAUGGCAGCUACAGUCCGCGAUCCUCAUCAGAUUCCAUGGCUCUCAAUGAGCACCAGCUUGCCGCGGAAACCAAAGAGAUAGAGAAGUUCAUGUCGUUCAAGCCCAAACACUUCCGCAAAGUCUGUGAGAGCUGGGAUAUGCAGCGCGAUCUCCAGGUAGACUUUGCUGGAGACGAUGGCCGCCGUGCAGGCGAGUCAAUAAUCAUCAUCACCCGAGGUUCGACCGAGGAUACGAAGCCGUCGAUCCGGCGAUUCAUGCGCACUGCUUGCAAUUCUGUUUCUAGCUCGUCGGUUACACCAGAGCCGUUUUCGACUUCAACGGAACCUCCGCCAUCGAUUUUCGGCGGUCCUGUCAAAGUUCCUAACCCAACGGUUUCCAACGAAAUCCCCGUACCCGCAUCACCCAACAGGAUAGGUUCGCCUGCGACGGAAUUUGGCUGGCGUCUCUCUGAUUUUGCUUUUGGAGAUCGCAAGCCUACGGAAAUCAGCACCAGCGCAUUGGACACGUCCGCUUUCGCGGUCCUCACAGCCGAGGAGGAUCCUCUUCUGGCCAUGUCUGGCACUGGCAGCUCUCCUUCAUUUACAACAUCCUCGCCGAUGCUACCGCAUAUGGAUCAAUCGCGAUCAAAUCUAGAAGUACCCGGCCAACGCGCUCGAUACCUAGCUGUGGGAACCAGCUCAGGUAUGGUGUUUGUCUGGGAUGUUCGAGCUUCGACAGCGAAGUCUUCAAGUGUCAUUAAUACCAUAUCCCUCUUGCGUGUCAUCCAGACGGACUCGCCUCGGGUAUCUUGCUUGGCCAUCACGUCCCUGUACCUUGUCCACGGUGGUAAUGAUGGCCUCGUCCAAGCCUGGGAUCCGCUGGCAUCUUCUACGAAACCGAUUCGCACGAUCAAUUCCCGGUUUUCGUCACGGGCUCGUCGUCGGCUCGUACAGGCUGAGGCAUCCAUUUUAGGGGUUGGGAACAACUACUAUGCCACAGGCACUAUCUGCCUGGACACAGAUCCAACUGUGCUGCGUGGGAUGGUCUCACUUGGCACACACUUGCGAUACUGGUCGUACAGUUCUUCUGGGGCUGAUCAAUACAAGACUAGCAAGCGCCGUCUUCGCCGCUUCAUGCGUGGCGGCAAUGCGGCUGCCGCAGGCCAACGUUUCAACAAUAGUGGUCGCGGUGCGAUUGAGGACUUCAUUGAAGACGAACGCUUGGAUAUGGAGCGCCAGAAGAUCGCCGAUGAAAAGGAACGCGCACAUUUGAGCGCGCGUUUCGGGAUCGAUCUUUUGGGUUCCGACAUUGAUGAGGAACAGCUUUUGGCAUAUGCACAGCUCCUGAGCCAGGAAGCCUACUCUGGCGACGCGGUAAAACCAAGCGACAAUGCAGCGAUCUCUAGCUCAACCACCAGCGCUUCCUUUGACACCGUCGGUCCUAGUUCCUUUGGUCCGGGCGAGGUCUCAUCUUCUUCAUCUCCCUAUCAAGACCCUACAGAUAAUAUUGACGACGACGAACUUGCUGAGGCCAUCCGUCUUAGUUUGCUUGAAGAGCGAAGCAGUGCUUCUCCAUUCGACCCCAUUGGUAUCCCUAUUAAGUAUGCCAAGGGAUUGCACCCACCUCGACAGCGAUCGCCUGGGUCUGAGGAGGCCGAAGGCAGUAGACAACGAGAGAUGGAUGACCUUGAGUUCGCCAUUCAGUUGAGCUUGGCCGAGGGGCAGAGUCGCGACAAUGGCGAGGAAGAGUGGGAAGAAUUCCCAUCCCUCGCGUCGGGGCCAGCGUCGCCCUCGCCGUCAGUCAAGGGCAAAGGGAAAGCGCGGGCUGUUUGA